UUAGCAUUCGAAGCACACUUUCUAAAGGCAUCGACUAGUUUUGUAACCUUUACUCGCAGUGACGCACGUACGCUGUUAAAGUUUUGGUGUGUGAAAUUAAAUAAAACCGUGUCUUAGUGUUUGGUUUCAGCUCAAAUGGAAAAGUGUUGGAGGGUUUUGGUUUUCAUGCUCGUCGUAGUUUUGUCAAUGAUGGCCAUCGCAGAGUCUACAGUACCACAGCCUCGAGCACCAAAUUUUCAAUAUUUUGAAAGGCCAAAAUACCGCUACCCAUAUUACGAUGAAAAUGGCAAAGGAAAAUUACUGUACGGUUAUGGGGGACCAGAAUUGUAUCAGUAUAAAUCUUAUUCACCACUUGAAGGCAUCCACUGAUAAUAAUUUAAUAUAAAUAAAAAACUUUGGUGCAAAUAUUAUUAAGAUGUUUAUUUAAAUCUCAUUACAGUUCUCAGACAUGGGUAUGUGUAAGUGAAGAUAUCGUAUAUACAGGAUUUAGGUAUAUAAUUACAUAUAUUUUAUAAAUUUAUACAACGAGGGUUGAUAUUGUAAAUAAAACUUUUUAAAUAAA